AUGCAUCACUUUCUUUCUUUACUGUCAGUCUUUAUUGGGCUGCAGGUGAGUGUUCAGUACACAGGAAGAUGUUCUGAGAGGAGAGUCAGUAGAGAUUGUACAUCGGAGCUGACUGUGCCGAAUGGGAUGAAGUGGGGGUCGUGGGGUUAUAUCGACAUCUGUCCAAAUGGAACAUAUGCUGCAGGGUUCAGUCUGAAGGUUGAUGAACCUUCCUAUGGUGAUAACAAGGGACUCACUGGGAUCCGUCUUCAUUGUAUCAGCCUAUCAAAUGUCUUGAAGGGCUCAUUUGAGGACUACACCUCAGUUCAGUCAGAAGUAGCAAGCUGGCGUGAGUGGACAGAUAUCAAAUGGUGUCCUUGUGGAUUCUUGACUGCUUUUCAGCUGAGGGUCGAAUCUUCCCAAUUAUUUGGAGAUGACACGGCCGCAAACAACAUCAUGUUCAGAUGCACUCAGGAGUAUUUAUAUGGUGACGGCACACUCUGGGGCAAGUGGGGCGACUGGAGUCAAAUGUGUCGGGGAAAAGGGAUUUGUGGUAUUAAGACACGGAUUGAAAAGCCACAGGGAUCUGGAGAUGACACCGCUCUCAAUGAUGUGCUCAUGUUCUGCUGCGAUUAA